UGUCAUUUGUCAUGGUCAUGAAAUAGCCAAAUGUCAAAUUUGAAGUUUAUUGACCACAGGUUUACUGGUUUCUAGUUUCUAGUUUCUGUAAUCAUUAUAAAUAGUUAAAUAGUAUUGUUUUAGAGAUUUUUCCAUUUUAUUAUUAUAAAAAUGUCGAGUACUACACAAAAACAUCGCAACUUUGUUGUGGAGCCUAUGGGCGAUAAACCUGUAACAGAAUUAGCAGGGAUUGGGAAAGUACUUGGAGAACGCUUGAUAACUGCCGGAUUUGACAAAGCCUACGUUGUACUAGGUCAGUUCCUAGUUUUGAAAAAGAAUCAAGAACUUUUUAGGGAAUGGAUGAAAGACACUUGCUCAGCUAGUUCUAAACAAUCAUUGGAUUGUUGGCAAUGCCUCAACGAUUGGUGUGAAGAAUUUUUGUAAUUGUAUAUAGUAGACCUAAGCAUACUGUUUGUAUUACCAAGGUUUUUAUUUAUAGGAUUUUAUUCUUGUAAUGUUAAUAUGUGUAAGUCCAAACUCAUAAGGUUGGUUCCAACUCGAUACAAAACCGUUCUUGAAUCGUUACGCGCAUGCGCAAUAACGUAUAAUUAUGCGCAGUAACACAUUUCUCGUUACUGCGCAUACUCGUAACCGUUCAAGAACGGUUUUGUAUCGAGUUGGAACAAACCUUCUGAAUACUUAUGAACUGUAUAUACAAAACAAAAGGCAUUUAAAUACAUUGCAUUAUUUUUCUUAAA